AUGUUGUGUGACUUGGGUGCUAGCAUUAAAUUGAUGCCACUCACAGUGUUUCGACAAUUGGGCUUAGGAGCCCCCAAAUCAAAGUUAAUGCAUCUCUUGAUGGCAGAUCAUACUGUGAAAAAACCCAUGGGAAUUAUUUAUGAUCUUCUAGUAAAGGUCGAAUCAUUCAUAUUUUCUGCCGACUUCAUCAUUCUUGAUUGCGAGGUAGACUUUGAUGUUUCUAUCAUUCUGGGUAGACCAUUCUUGGCAACCGAACAAAUACCUAUUGAAGAGAGGUUAGGGGUUGAAGCUCUAGCUUCUGUCAUCAUGAACUUUGAUAUAGAUCACACUGGAGAGUAUGAUGAGAUUGUAUGUGCACUUAAUGGACUUGGGACUUUCAAUCAUGCACCUAAGAGACUCGACUUAGACUUAAAGAAUAGAGCAACUCUACCAGCGAAGCCAUCCAUCGAGGAACCUCCAAUUUUAGAAGUCAAAGCGCUACCAUCUCACUUGUAA